AUGCCGGUUGAGAGCGGAAGCGGUGGCGCCGGCACCGCAGCGGUCCGGCAGGCCAAGCAGAAAAGGAAGUCUCACAGUUUGUCCAUACGCAGGACCAACAGCACGGAACAGGAACGGGCCGGAUUCCUGCAGAGGGACGUGCACCUGGACACGCAGGACUCUAAGCUUCCGACAGCUCUGAGGAGCAACCUGGUGGACCUGUUCAGUCAAAUCGAGAGAGAGUUUGAGAACCUCUACAUUGAGAACCUGGAACUUCGCCGGGAGAUGGACGCCCUGAACGAGCGCUUGGCUGCUGACGGACAGGCGGGGGAGGGGGCCGACUUGACCAAAGGAGCGCUAAAAACAAAGACGAGCCACAGCACCAGCCAGCUGUCGCAGAAGCUAAAGACCACCUACAAGGCCUCCACCAGCAAGAUCGUGUCCAGUUUUAAAGCCACGACGUCCAGAGCCGUAUGCCAGCUGCUCCGAGAGUACGCCGGCCACCGAGACGGCAUCUGGGAUCUGAGCGCCACCCGGACCCAACCCACCGUGCUAGGGACCGCUUCUGCAGACCAUACAGCCAUGUUGUGGAGCAUCGAGACGGGCAAAUGUCUCCUCAAGUAUCUGGGCCACCAAGGAUCAGUCAACUCCAUCAAGUUUCACCCCACGGAACAGAUGGCGCUAACAGCUUCAGGAGACCAGACGGCUCAUGUGUGGAGGUUCCUUGUGCAGCUACCCACGCCACAACCCGUCACCGAUGUCACCGUAAGUGGCGAGGACGAGGCGGACUUUUCUGACAAGGACGACGCCGAGGUGGAAGCGGAUGGUCCCGCGGAGUGCCCGUCGGUGCGCGCCCCCGCCACCACGCUGCGCAGCCACCAGGGCGUGGUCAUCGCCGCCGACUGGCUGGUGGGCGGCAAGCAGGCGGUGACGGCGUCCUGGGAUCGAGCCGCCAACCUCUACGACGUGGAGACGUCAGAACUUGUGCACUCGCUGACCGGUCACGACCAGGAGCUGACGCACUGCUGCACGCACCCGACCCAGCGAUUGGUCGUCACCUCGUCCAGAGACACCACCUUCAGGCUGUGGGACUUCCGGGACCCGUCCAUACACUCCGUCAACGUCUUCCAGGGACACACAGACACGGUGACGUCGGCCGUGUUCACGGUGGGCGACAACGUGGUGUCGGGCAGCGACGACCGCACCGUUAAAGUGUGGGAUCUGAAAAACAUGCGCUCGCCCAUCGCCACCAUACGCACCGACUCGGCCGUCAACAGGAUCAGCGUGUCGGCGAGUCAGAGGAUCAUCGCUCUGCCGCACGACAAUCGUCAAGUGCGACUGUUCGACAUGUCCGGCGUGCGCUUAGCCCGACUGCCGCGCAGCAACAGACAGGGCCACCGCCGCAUGGUGUGUUGCACGGCGUGGUGCGAGGACAACACGUCCUGCAACUUGUUCACGUGCGGCUUCGACCGCCAGGCCAUCGGCUGGAACAUCAACAUCCCCGCCCUCCUGCAGGAGAAGUGA